GUUUUAUGGGAGUCAUUAGUAAUUUAUAGUUUGUUGGCAAUAGAACUCUCAAGUGUCAAUAAUUAAAUAAUUGUUAUUGCUUCUUCCUCCUUAUACGUAUAAUAUUUAUAAUUUUUUUAUUUAUUUGUCAAUUGAACGAAUCAAAAAUAAUAAGGCAAUAUGAAGUGCAUUCUCGGAUUUUUAGUGCUUACAGUUGGAAUAUUUCAAAUGAUCUCAGGUGGUCCAAUUAGAAGUAGUGGGAUGGUUUUCUACCAGCCAGAAUACUAUAAUGCACACAGAGCAUUUGUAAUGCAAUAUGCAAGUCAACCAGUCAAAUCAUAUCGUAGACAAGGACAAGCAUCAGGAGUAAGUGCCUUUGCAUCUGGCAAGAAAAUCGCGACAGGAACUUAUCUCAGACAAGAAGAAACUGAAGAUCCACAUGUUGCACAUUCAGUAGCUGAAGCUUAUCCAGGUGGUCCACCACAACAUCAUUCUGAGGAAGAUAAUACUGAAGUAUCCCUUGAUGAAGAUCAAUCACCAGAAAAUGUCAUUCCACAAGAGAAUAUCGUUCCACCAGAAAUCGCUCAUGAUGAUCCCAAUGAUGAAAUUCCAGAAGCACCUAUUGCAGUCAUUCCAAACAAGAACAAAAAGACACCACCUGUUGCAAAUGACGAGGAAGAAGAGGACGAGGAGGAAGAAGAAGAGAAAAAUGUUGUUAAACGAACGAAAAAUCGCCCAGCUUCAGGAACGACGUAUUUCCCCGUUUCAUUUGGAUCAACAAAUGGAGGAGCUAUUGCCAUUGCAAACAGCUAUUCAACAGGUAAAGGUGGAACCGCCUCAUCUCGUGCCACCGCAUACGGAUCACCAGCAAAAUCAAAAUCUAAACGACGAAAUGAACAGUAAAUAAGCAUCUACUUGACCCGAGCCGUUAAAAAAAUAUAUAUAUUCGAUGAUGAUAACUGCCAAAAUAUGUAAACAUGUACAUGACACAUAAAGGAGGGGGGUUCGGUUAGGUUAUCGCCGAUCUUCUUCCAAAAAAAUUUCUAAAUAAUUUUAAUAAAUUUUAUUCUGUGUAAUAAAAUGAGGCAAAGAAAAUGACAAAAAAAAAUGUUGAUAAUAAAAAGUAAAUGAAAGUGAACUUAAUGAA